AGAGAGAGAGAGAGAGGAGAAUUCAAAAAUUAGGUUUUUACUGAUUAUUUUAAUCAAAUAACCUGUUCAUUUGUUUAUUUAUGUUUUGACUUUCAGUUUGCAGUCGUGUCCUAAGCACAGUAAUUUCCCGCCCCACGGGAGCGUGAAAUCUUUGAAAUUGGCCCCUCGAGUUUGAAAAGUAAAUGAGUUACAUUAACACUCUUUCCAUAGCUAGAGGAGAAGAUAAGCAGGAGGAGAAAGCUUGCGGGAGCAAUAAAUUGCUAGACAUAUUUUUUAGAAUCCUUGAUCAAUUUCGUAAGAAGCUCCUUCAAUCCUUCAAUCAAUUACUAUUUCAUGACUGCAUGAAUCUUUACUUUCUCAUGGUAAUAGUCCUAGGUAUGAAGCAAAUACAUCAGAGAAAGCUAAUGAAUAAUCGAGCAAUUGAAGUACUAAAAGUCUUACGAGAUGAAGUUUCAACCUUGAAAGACCAACAGCUUGUCAAGGCUGGGGUGCAUUCAGCAAUCUUUGUUGCUGUUGAAAAUGGGCUCAUUGAGUUUGUUGUUGAGAUUAUCAAGUCUCAUCCUUUAUUGCUCUGGGUGAGGAACGCAAAUGGUGAAAGCAUUAUUAAAGCUGCAGUCGUACAUCGUCAAGAAAAAAUAUUCAACCUCAUACAUGGAAUGGGUGGGCAGAAGACUAGAUUAGUUGGUGGCCGAGACAAAUUUGGUAACAAUAUAUUACAUUUGGCUGCAAGAUUGGCCACUGCUUCCCAACUUGAUAGAGUAGCUGGUUCAUCUCUACAAAUGCAAAGGGAGCUACAAUGGUUUAAGGCAAUCUUCAGUCAUUCAAACUAAAACCAUGACUUGAUAUUGUUAAUGUGGAAUAUAAGUUUUAUGUCUGUUUCUUGUUUUGCAUUAACCUUGGGUUAACAAUUAAAACUCCCACAUUUUAUCCUGGCUUAGAACAUGAAUUGGAUUAGGCUGUUUUUGUUUGAACAGAAACCAAAUUCCUUUUCAAGGACAAGCUAGUUACUAGACCAACUCUUUACUUCCCAAUUUGAUAUCUGUAGAGUUUUAAGUUUGUUCAUGCUGAGUAAUAAUUUUACAUGCAGUAAGAAUGUAUUUCCAUACCUUAGUUUGAUCAAUACCACCCAAACUGAAGGAAAGCAUACCCCAAAGCUAAAUUGAAGAAGUGGUUAGGCACACCAACUUGAAUGCUAACCCAAUACAACUUUUCAGCUUGAGAUCUGGUCUAAUCAAUGUAAGUUGACAAUUUCAGUUUGGUUUAGCACUUCAGAUGAAACAUAGAUCUUGUUAACUGGUUUAGCAUUUCAGUUCAAACCAUCCAAUCUAAAGAAAACCACUCCUGGAGCUGGAUCAAUUAGUUAAUUUCAUGCUGACACAAGUUGCAACCCUAGUUUUAAGAAGCAUUCAACACCUUGCCAAAUCAAUCCUAAUUCAUUUAUUAAAAAAUUGAAUCAAAUGUUGGUACUGCUCAAACUCAGAAUGUGGAAUAUCUUUGCUGAUGGAAAACCUACCAAGAGAUAAACCAACUUAGAUACUGUUAAUGCAAAAAAAAUCCUUGAUUUGAAUAUCCGUACCAUGUGAUUUAAAAAGUGCAUACCUAUUCUUUUCUCCUACAAGUUUUCCAAUGUUGGAAAUUAGAAAAUAAACUUGCAUUAAUUUCCUUGAUUUGAUGAUCUGUACCAUUCGAUUUAAAAGUUUGCACAUCUAUUCUUCUCUCCAAAAGUUUUCCACUCUGGGGUAUUAGAAAAUAAACUCACAUGACCACUCCCAUGUCUAAGAGGUAGGUUUAUACUAAAUG